CAAUUUCACUGGUGUUGUUUUAUUGACGUAUAUGAGAAGUGGAUCAUCCCUCACAGGAGAGAUUCUACAACAAAACGAGCACGUGUUUUACGUGUUUGAACCUCUACGAGUUCUGUCACAUCUGGUUAAAACCAACCAACCAGUACUAUGGUUUAACGGGACAAGAAGUCCUGUGACAGCGUUGAACAUAACAAGUGUGAAAAAGCAGACUUUAAUUGGAUGGUUGACCUGUAAUUUCUCCUUGGUUCCAUCGCAAUCGUUUGACGACUGGUAUUUUCUCUCUUUCGGAAAGAAAACAGAUGUCUAUAACAAUUGUAUUUUUAAACACUUUGGUAUAAGAUACAAUAAUCAUUAUCCGAAUUCUUCACAGACAAGUUCAAUCUUACAUAUUCGGUUGUCAGCAAUUCGUAGAGGGGAACGUGAAAAGUGUUUGCAGAAACUAAAAAACACGUGUUUAUCUUCUAAAUUUAGAAUAGUUAAAACAAUACGGACCUCUAUGAUUUUAGCAGACGAAAUCUUAACAGACGUGUAUGGAAGUAAAAUAAUACAUUUAAUAAGGGACCCUCGGUCUACUGUUUUGUCACAGGCGCAUUAUAGUGGUUGUCCAGGCGGGAAAAGAUCCGUGGUAGCGUGUUCAAAUUUUCACUGUAAAAGAGUGGAUGAUGAUACAGAAUUUAAACAGAAGUUACAGACAGAAAAACUGGCACGAGUGUAUACCACGCUAUACGAGCAAAUAUCCUUGAAUCCAAUUUCGUUUGCUAAAUCUUUAUACAAUUUUAUUGGAAUGGAGUUGUCAGAAGUGAUCAGUAACAGUGUUUUAAUGAUCACCUCAGGUCAUAAUAUAACAGGAUGUAAAGUUUGUGAACAGUCUUGGCAAUCAAGAAAUAAAUCUAAUCUUAUUGCCAAACAAGACAAUUACGAGACAAUGAACAGUCAUUUGUUAUCAUACGUACAAAGUGUAUGUAAAAAUACAAUAAAAUAUUACGGAUAUGAAAUCUACAAUGUUAGUCAUCGAGAAUUUGUAAGUUAUAAUAUCGUAAAUGUAUCAAAUGACAAGCCUAUACAUGUAUAA